AUGGCAAAAGCUCUUGUUCUCGGCAGCACGGGCCUCGUAGGCUCUUUUAUCCUGUCGACUCUGAGGACCAACCCAUCCUCUCAGUUCUCCAGCAUUGAGGUCAUUGCUCGACGACCUCCCCCAGCAGCCACAGGCCAAUCCAUCCCGGUCAACGAGUUUAUUGAGAAGGACACCACCAAGUGGGCCGGUCACAUCUCGUCGCUGUCCCCACCAGCGUCGGUCCUCUUCUGUGGUCUCGCCACGACGCGUGCCGCGGCCGGGGGCUUCGAUAAGCAGUACCAGCUCGAACACGACUUGAACAUCGAGCUGGCCAAAGCCGCCAAAGAGGCCGGCACGAAGACCUACGUCUUGAUUUCCGCGGGGGGUGCCGAUCCCCACUCAUUUUUCGCGUACCCCAAGAUGAAAGGCGAGAUCGAAGAACACGUCAAGGACCUGGACUUUGACCACACGAUCAUCGUGCGCCCUGGCCUCAUCAUGGGCAAGCGUCAAGAACACCGCUUUGUGGAGAGCCUCUUCCAAGGGGUGGCCUCGGGACUGGGGAAACUCCAUUCGUCCCUGAAGGACGUCUGGGCCCAGGACGCGGAUGUCAUCGCAAAGGCGGCGAUUGCUGCCGCGAUCAAGGCCGAAAAGGGAGAGCUCAAGGACAAGGUGUGGGUGAUUGGCCAAAAAGAAAUUAUCCAGCUUGGGCUCAAGGAGUGGAAGGAGGGUAAUUGA